AUGCCUCGAUCCCGUCCGGCGACAACGGGCUACGAACGCCUCGCCCAGGCCGACGACCUCAGCUCCGACUCCGAGGAUGAUCCCCUCUCCCAAUCCUACGCUUCGCUGCAGCCGGCCGCCGCGCCCCGAUAUGCCCCCGUCAACCAGCCGCGCCAUCGUUCUGGCAUGGCCAGCCCCAAGUCCUUCGUCUCAGCCUCAAGGCCCAAGUUCCGUCACCGUGCCGGUAGUAGCUCCGGUGUCGACCUUAAGGCCAUCAAUGCGCGGCUCGAGCGCUGGGCCGACGAAAUCGCCUCCCGUUUCAAGCGCAAGGGCAGGAAUCAACCUGGCGAAGAGGAACGUCUCGAGAUCCAUUACUCAGUCUUCCAGCCUCCAGAAGGUGUUCGCCCUGUUACUGCUGAGAGCAUGGCCGAGUUUCAAGAAGGUUUUAUGACAAAGGCCGAAUUCGAGACUAUCGUCGAGAGCGUUCGAACUGCCAUUCGGCAAGAGAUUCACCCGAGUAUGAUCUCACAGGGUAGCUCAGGUAGUUACUUCGCGCGGAACCCAGACGGAAAGAUUGUAGGCGUGUUCAAGCCCAAAGACGAGGAGCCCUACGCGGCAGGAAACCCCAAAUGGAACAAGUGGAUUCAUCGGAACCUGUUCCCUUGCUGCUUUGGACGAGCUUGUCUUAUUCCCAACUUGUCCUAUGUCAGUGAAGCCGCUGCUUAUGUCCUCGAUUGCCAGUUGAGAACACAUCUCGUCCCAUAUACCGAUGUUGUUUGGCUAUCCUCCAAAUCCUUUCACUACCCGUUCUGGGAUCGACGAAAGUUCAAUCGAAAGAAGAGGCCUCUUCCUGCAAAGCCCGGCAGCUUCCAGGUCUUCCUCAAGGGCUUCAAGGACGCAAAUGUGUUCCUGCGUGAACAUCCCUGGCCGGAUCAGUAUUGGUCAGGGUUCCGGACAAAUGAUGGACAAAACAAGAAGAGGAGGAGGUGGACUGAGAGCUGUCGUCCUUCAGGGAAUGCCUCGCCGGAUGAUGCGUACGCCAGUGAUGACGAGCAAGGCCAGGACGAUCAUCUCUUGGGCCCUGAGAACUUCAUCUGGACGGAAAACCUCAAAGAAUCCUUGCGCGAGGAGCUCGAAAAAUUGGUCAUCCUCGACUACAUCAUGCGAAACACUGAUCGUGGCCUCGACAAUUGGAUGAUCAAGGUCGACUGGGAAGCCGGCAAGGCCUCUAUAGCCUCGGAUCCAAUUCACUUGAACAUGGAGCCGGUCGUUGAGGAAGAGGGCCCCCGCCCUGUUGAUCUCUCACAGCAGGCCCCUCGUGCUACAAGAGCAUCAUACCCCUACAAGACACAGAAACCGAUGAGUGCCUCCAACCGGCAAUACACGGGGAAUGAGCCCACCAUCAGCAUCGGCGCUAUCGAUAACUCGCUUUCGUGGCCUUGGAAGCACCCAGAUGCUUGGAGAAGCUUCCCCUUUGGCUGGCUCUUCUUACCUGUCGACCUCAUCGGUAGACCCUUUUCCCAAAAGACACGGGAUCACUUUUUACCUCUGCUCACAUCCACCACAUGGUGGAGUCAAACAACUCUUGCUCUGAAGAGGGUGUUCCAGAUGGAUGUUGACUUCCAGGAGCGCAUGUUUGCCAAGCAGAUUGCCGUCAUGAAGGGUCAGGCGUGGAAUGUCGUCGAGACGCUAAAGACGCCUGACCAUGGCCCUCUCGAACUCACCCGCCGAGCUCGAGUCUGCGUCUGGGACGACCUGGUUGACGUCCCCGUUGCGGUCCCAAUGCGUGCUACAUCGUCUGAAGUCCGCCGCAACCCCCACGUCCGCCAGUCUAUGGACGAGGCCGACAUCGCGAGCUCGGCUCCAGCCAACAACCCUCCCAUUGAGGAUCUCCUCGGACUUGCCAGUGCCCCAGCAGAUAUGCCUCAUCCCGGUCGGUUCGAGCUUGCUUCUCCAACAGGCGAGACAGCCCAAUCACCUGAUGAGGUCCCUUCGAGCGAUUCCAACUUCCUGGGACCUGCGGGGCAGCAGCAGCGUGGCGGGGAGCUGAACGAGCGUCCCACCAUCCAGGCAGGCGGGUUUAGAAACAGUUACCAAGGGCCUGUACGGGCGCUCAAUAUGUACGAGCCAGCACGUCAGCAGACGUCGCGGCAGCAGCGGAGGUACUCGUUCGCCAAUACCGCUGCACGGCGCAACAGCAACGCCAUUGCGCAGCAGUACUAUGGAGACAUCCACGAGGCCUAUACUGACGACCUGGAGGGCGACCUCGGCUAUGCCGCGGCCGAGGGUCAGAUGGGCAACCAACGCAAGGUCAUCGUGGAGCGCCUCGAGGCUGUCAAGAGCAGGAACCCCGUCUUUACGUGUUGGUGA